GCGGAGAAAGGAAGUGCGCAUCUCUGCCAGAGUUCUUAGUUCGGAGUGCACGGCAGAGCGUUCAGCUCCCUUGUUCCUCCCGAUCCCCCGCGACAGAGGCAGGGCUCUGAGGGCAGCGAUUCCCCUCGUCCUGGACCUGUAGCCCCGGCUGGCUCUCGAACUCGGGCCACGGCAGGCCGGGCGGGGCGGGCUUGGGAAGGAGCAAACACACCUGAUGGCUCAGUCCAUCAUGCCCCCCAAGUCUGAUGUGUUGAGUCAAGAUGAACUGCGCAAAAAGCUGUACCAGACGUUUAAGGAUCGGGGUAUAUUGGACACGCUCAAGACACAACUCAGAAACCAGCUCAUUCACGAAUUGAUGCACCCUGUACUGAGUGGAGAACUGCAGCCCCAGUCCAUUUCAGUGGAAGGGAGCACCCUCUUAGUAGGUGCUUCUAACUCGCUAGUGGCAGAUCACUUACAGAGAUGUGGCUAUGAGUAUUCACUUUCUGUUUUCUUUCCGGAAAGUGGUUUGGCAAAAGAAAAGGUAUUUACUAUGCAGGAUCUAUUACAACUCAUUAAUAUCAGCCCCAAAUCCAGUCUCUACAAAUCACUGAUUUCAGGAUUUGAUAAAGAAAACCAAAAAGGUUUUCUCAUGCAGUUUUUAAAAGAACUGGCAGAAUAUCAUCAGGCUAAAGAACGCUGUGAUGCAGAAACUCAGACAAAUUCCACGUUUUCUCACAAAGACUCUCUGGCUGAGAAACUUCAACUUAUUGAUGAUCAGUUUGCAGAUGCUUACCCUCAACGUCCAAAGUUAGAAUCUUUAGAAAUAAAGUUAAAUGAAUAUAAGAGAGAGAUAGAACAGCAGCUUCGGGCAGAAAUGUGUCAAAAGUUGAAGUAUUUUAAAGAUACUGAAAUAGCAAAAAUUAAAAUGGAAGAGAAAAGAAAGUCUGAGAAGGAAUUAGCUGAGUUCCGGAAUGAAUUUGAGAGAGCUUGUCAAGUAAAAUCUGAAGCCCUGAUUUCUCGGGAAAAGACGACCCUUGCAAGAAUUCAAAAGCACCAGGAGACUGAAACAAAAGAAAUUUAUGCUCAAAGGCAGCUUCUACUAAAAGAUAUAGAUUUGCUAAGAGGCAGAGAAGCAGAACUGAAGCAAAGAAUUGAAGCUUUUGAAUUGGCCCAGAGGCUACAAGAAGAAAAAAAUAAAAGCGUGACCGAGGCACUUAGGAGACGGGAGCUGAAUAUAAAGAGUAUUGAGGAGACCUAUGACCAAAAGCUCAAGAAUGAACUGCUAAAGUAUCAACUUGAACUAAAGGACGACUACAUCACUAGAACUAAUAGACUGAUUGAAGAUGAAAGGAAGAACAAAGAAAAAGCUAUGCAUUUGCAAAAGGAGCUCACAGCUGUUAAUUCAAAAAAGGAAGAACUCAAUCAUUCUGUAAAUCGUGUGAAAGAACUUGAGCUUGAGUUAGAGUCUGUGAAAGCCCAGUCUUCGGCAAUAACAAAGCAAAACCACCUGCUGAGUGAAAAGGUUAAAGAGAUGAGUGACUAUUCACUCCUCAAAGAAGAGAAACUGGAGCUUCAGGCACAAAAUAAAUUACUUAAACAACAACUAGAAGAGAGUAGAAGUGAAAACUUGCGUCUCCUAAACCGCAUAGCUCAGCCGUCUCCUGAGCUGGUGAUUUUUCAGAAAGAGUUAAAGAAGGCAGAAAAUGCUAUUGCGUUUGAGCAUAAGGAGUUCGAAACCCACAAGCAAACUCUGCAGAAACAGCUGCAAAGUGAAAUUGAGCAUUCUGCACAGCUGAAGGCCCAGAUAUUAGAUUACGAUGCCUCUGUAAAGAGGCUAACUACACAGGUUUCUGAUUUAAAAUUGCAACUGAAACAAACUCAGACAGCCCUAGAGAAUGAAGUGUACCGCAACCCGAAACAAUCUCUGAUCGAUCGUUCCAUCUGUGGACUAAUGGUGCCUCACGACGAUGGUAUAAGUGAGGAUUUCUUGAAAAAUCCUCUCCAACGGGAAAAGCUGACAACAGGCACAGUUACACCAAGGAUCACAAGUUAUCCCAAUGCCAGCAUGGAGGGUAGUUCCCCCGAUUCUGACCUUGAGUUUGUAGCCAAUACCAAGGCAAGAGUGAAAGAACUAGAGCAGGAGGCACAGCGCUUGGAACGAGCUUUCCGAGAUUACCACCGAAGAGUGAGUCAGCACCCCGUGAAGAGCCCAUUGGCAGCGCCAAGCCCACCACCCCUGCACUUGCUAGACACUCUCAAGAACAUCACUUCAGGUUCCUCCAAGAGACGUGUUUUUGCAGAGGACAGACUUGUCUUUGAGCGGCCUCCAGUGGGCACAUGUACAGAGGAGAAGAGCGAUGCGUCAGAAGCGCUGAUGGGCAGCUCGGCCUCACGGCUCCACAGAGGCCCUUCCUCCAGACGCCUCUCCUCCACUCCCCUUCCAAAAGCUAAACGAAGCCUGGAUGGUGAAAUGUAUCUGGAAGGUCUGGGCCGAUCUCGCGUUGCUGCCCCGAGUCCUUGUCCUGAGGGAACACCCCAGCCUUCACCUGCCGAGUCUAGGCACAGCCUUUCCGUCCAUUCUCUCUCCAGCCCUCCGGAGCAGAAGGCCAGUCUUUAUCAAAGACACGCUGAACUUCAAGACAAAAAUGAAUUUUCAAAUCUGGACAAGCUAGCUUUUAAGGAUAAUAAGGAAUUUGAAUCAUCUUUUGAAUAUGCAGGGAACACGCCAUGGCACUUUGAAGUGAACGGCUUCCAUCCUGCUGGCGACAUGCAUCACGUGGACGCUGCUGCAGCCGCUGUGCCCACCAGCCCCGUCUCCUAUCGCUACCCCAGCAUAGAUCUGAAACAAAUUGGAGAACAGAAUGAAGAAGAAAACAUAUGGGAACAGCGCUUGAAAGAACGAAGGCGGAGAGAAGAAAGAAGGCACAGUGAACGACAAGAAGCUUUAGAAAGGGAACGAAGAGAACUAGAAAAACUGGAUCAAGAAAGGAGAAUGAUUGAAGAAUCAUUGAAGGUUGAAAUGGAAAAAGAAUUAGAAAAGAGUAUUCAAGAAAUGAAAGAAAAAUCUGCUUAUGGUGAAAAUACUUUAGAGAAAUACAUGAAAAUCAUUCAGCAGGAUCAAGACCAAGAGAUGGCAGAUAAGAACUCGAAAAACAUUGUCAGAGAAGGCUCACAAGUGGACACACUGCCAUCUAGUGACAAAGAGGAAAGUUUCCCAGGCUUUUCUCCUGAAGAACCAGAUGACUUUUGGUGACCACGUUUGCUAUCCAGCUUCUUACUCAGCUAACGCAACGAAAGGCCCGUGAGUUGUCUGAACAAACACACAACUCUCAAUAAAAAUUUCAUGUGUAAUCCAGUGUGAUU